AUCAAUUGCAAGUCAGUCGGCAUCCAAAUCCCGCACAAGACAAAACCUGGAUCCGGAUAAGCUCUUAUUGAUUUGAUGAGUUAGGAAAAGUAAAAGUUCUCCGACUCAGCCAAGCCAGGAAUUUUGAACAGGAUACAUCCGCACGAAUGGUGUGAGACGAUAAAAAUAUUUUCUUUGUUUCCAAGUUUAAUUUAAAACUUUAUCUUCUUGGAUUUCGACUGGCUGAUGUAUGCAGUGUGGACACGCAUGAAGAACUCCCCCUAAAUACAUCAAAACGCCAUAUACAGACUCGUGGCCGCUCCACUUUAUAGAAACAAUUCGCUACCAGUGCGGUUUCAGACACUGACGCUUAUUUACUUCACAGUGCUUUCAGAAUAAUUUACCGUCAUUUACGGAUAAGUGCAGGAAGAUAGAUAGAUACCUGAAGGAGCUUAGGCUCGAAGCUCGGAAUUGUUUUGUGUGUGGUGCCUGGAGACAAGCUUAAUCCUGUGAAAGUGUACCCGUAAAAAUAAGCUGAAAAUCAGUCAUAGAGAAGAGCCUUAACCAUGAAGAAGACGCACGCCAAGUCGUGCAACAAACACAGGAUUUAUGCAUCGCAAAUGUGGGCUAAGGAAGAAAAAUAGCGCACAUCACCAUCAUGGAUCAGAAGACGAAUAAAUAUGUGAGGACAUUUAGUGGACACUUUGUCAAAGUGCGGUUCAAACAAACAAAUCUUUUAUUUGUGUGUGUGAUUGUUGUGUGUGUUAUAAAUUCAGUGCAAUGUAAUAGACCACCUAGGUUCUUAAUUAACGGCCAAACCGAAAUUGUUCUAAGACUGAAAGAAGGCAAAGAAACGCCAGUAGGUACCUUAAUUUAUAAACUGCGUGGAACCGAUCCUGAUGGUGACCCCCUUAGUUUUGGAGUCAGAUCUCAAUCAGGAAGUGAUGUUAUCCGUGUUGAAAAUAUAUCGCCAACCGAAGCAGACGUCUACCUCAAUAAAGAACUAGACAGAGAAACACGCGAUGAAUAUCCAUUAGUGUUAACUCUAACUGACGGUCGGUUGGGACAUGGCAAUUACGUCACUCAAAGUCUUUUAUUACUAGUCGAAGAUGUCAACGACAAUACACCGAUAUUCACAAGUCAUCAAUCAUCGAUUACUUUAAGAGAGGAUGCAGCACCGGGGGUUAUCGCGACUUUGGAAGCCACUGAUUUAGAUGAAGGUGCUUACGGUCAAGUUGUUUAUCAGCUGCAAGAAGUUGAUACAAAAGAGUCUUUAUUUAGUGUUAGUACGGCCGGGGGGAAAGCAAUCGUGCGCUUAGUAGGUUCUUUAGACUACGAGAAACAAACUUUGCACCAGUUAAAAGUCUUGGCAGUUGACCGCGCAAAACAAGGAAGAGUUAACACCGGAACUGCCGCUCUUUUAGUAAAAGUUGAAGAUGUGGAAGACCAACCGCCUGAAUUUGUUAGAGUCACUUCAGUGGCGCGAAUCGCUGAAAAUGCGCCAAUUGGGACUUCAGUCCUUCAAGUCACUGCUAUUGACGGAGACCGUGGUGUUAACAAUCCGAUUCUAUAUUCACUGUCGUCUAAUAGUAUUGACAGAAUCACAGAUGUGUUUAGUUUAGAAGAAACCACCGGAACGCUCCUCACUGCCAAAACCUUAGACCGAGAAUCUCUUUCUCUAAGUUCCGGUACUUACAUCCUCCAAAUAACGGCGACUGAAUACGGCGGUAAAAUCAAACCUCCACCAAGUGUUACAACCGAAGUCACAGUAAUUAUCACGGAUAUCAAUGACGAAACGCCCAAAUUUAGGAGCGGUUAUUAUGAAUGCGAAAUAGCGGAAAAUGCACCAGUCAACACACCAUUGACCUUCCUCGGCUCCGCCAUGCCUGAAGUCUACGACCACGACCAGGGAAUCAACGGUACUUUCCAACUAUACGUGAAAGGGGCAAGCGAUGUGUUUGAGAUAACACCCACCAAAGCAAUAAACGAAGCUACUUUCAUGAUCAGAGUGAAAAAUUCAACGUUUCUAGAUUACGAGAAGAUUAAAACUAUCAAUUUCACUCUAGUCGCCAAAGAAAUAGUGAAACACAAUCCAAAAUUUAACGAGGUGCCAGUCGUCGCCCAUAUUUUAGACCGGAAUGACAAUUACCCGGAAUUCACAAAAAAUGUUUACGAGGUUUUUGUACCGGAAAAUUGCGAUAUUGGCGCUACGGUGGCGUGGGUCCAAGCGCUGGACGAUGACUCGGGGGUUUUUGGCACCAUGGGCAUUCGCUACACCCACUUGUCCGGCAGCAUUCAGCACAUGUUAAACUUGCACCCAACUACUGGAAUUAUCUCGGUUAAGACAGCCGGGGGACCAAACUGGGACCGCGAGCAAAUCUCGCGGCACUACUUAACAGUGGAAGCAAGGGACGAUUUAGGGCAAGGAAAUCGUAUCACGGUUCAGCUUAUUAUCAAUAUUGAAGAUGUUAACGAUAAUCCCCCGAUUUUCACUCAAAAUCGCUACGAGGCGCGCUUAUUAGAGAAUAAGCUUGAUUUUGAAAAUCCCCUAAAGGUCGAAGCUCGCGAUGCUGAUUUGAACGGUACAAAAAACAACGAAAUUGAAUACAGCCUGUUCGGAGACUUGAGCCACAAUUUCACGAUCGAGCCCUCGACCGGGAUCAUCAAACCGCGGACAAGUAUUGACUUUGAGGCCCUCGAAGGGUCCUUGAAGGACAGCAUUCGCCAGCUCCACUUAACAGUCCGAGCUAGGGAUUGGGGCACUCCUAGUUUAUUUAGCGAUGUUCCAUUGUACAUUUACGUUCAAGACGUAAACGAUCACGCCCCUCUCUUUGAAUACACGUUCUACAAUAAAUCCGUCCCGGAAGACAUCUCUGGCGGCACCUCUAUUCUCCAAGUCAGAGCCAAGGAUUUUGACGGCUCUUCGCCCAACAAUCGAAUCGUAUACAGAAUACAGAAUGGGGCAUCUGAUAAAUUUAUAAUAGCCCCCGAGUCCGGAAUUAUCUCAGUGGCGAGAGGAGCUUCACUCGAUCCCGACUUGACCCAGCCCAGAACAUUACAUUACUCUUUAAAUGUUGUGGCUCUGGAUGGUGCGCCCGGGGAAAAUCAAUUGCAAGCCGGGGUUACGGUUAAUGUCACCAUAUUGGACAUUAAUAAUAAAAAUCCGGUUUUUUACGAACCGGGAAGCGUAACAAUGCGAGAAAACACAGCGGUCGGGAGUGUUAUAGCAAAAUUAAAAGCCAAAGACUUGGACAAAACUGCCCAAUUAGUUUAUACCAUCAACCCCAAAUUUUGCGAAGCUAAGAAUGAACGAGGAAUUUUACUCAAACUGAGCGAUUUUAAUUGCGCUGAAACGUUCCAUUUGCACCCGAUGAGUGGUGUCCUGACAAUCGCCCAACAACUGGACCGGGAAAUGGUCGAAAAGGUGCAAAUGGGACUCAUGGUCGAAGAUACGGCCUCCGAAACGGGGCCACAAAUUUCAACCACUACAAUUACGAUAAAUAUCGAGGACAUAAACGACAACAGCCCGAAGUUCCGCCAGCCCUAUUACAAGUUUUCCAUUACCGAAAACAGCAAAAACGGCGUAACGAUUGGGAAUGUCUUGGCCGAGGACGCCGACAAGAAUAAAACGAUAACUUACACACUGGACGGCCGUUUCGAAAUAACGGAACUUAUUUAUUUGGAUAGCAAUUCCGGGGAUUUGGUGGUCGCAAAUAAAAUCGAUCACGAAAUUUAUGACUGGUUAAAUCUGACGAUUAAAGCGACAGACUCGGGAAUUCCGGCGCGCUUUUCCCGAGUCGAGAUUUUCAUUCAAAUCUUGGAUGAAAACGACAACAACCCGUUUUUUCUGGGCGAACCACAAUCGCUGCUAAUAUCCGAAGACACUCCCGUGGGAAGACAAGUCGCAAUAAUCGAAGCCAAGGAUGCUGAUUCUGGAGAGUUCGGGAAGAUUACCUAUUUACUAGACCGGAUUUCAUCCGAAGGCAAAUUCAGCAUAGACGCGGAUUCGGGAAUUUUGAAAGUGUCGGAUAAAUUGGAUCGGGAGGAGAAACACAGUUACCUGCUCGUAAUUGAAGCUUGGGAUAAUUACCAAUACGGGUUCAACAGUGGAGAAAGCAGAAACGCAUUCAAACAUAUCAAUGUAACUAUUCUAGAUGUUAACGAUAACCAUCCGCAGCUUCAUGUUCCACCUUAUUGCGUCAAUAUCACAGAAUUUCAUGAACCAGGACAAGCCAUAACCACGUUUCACGCUUCAGAUGCCGAUGAUCCUAAUACUUCAAAUGGACAGGUAAACACGCAUUCGACCAUUUUCAUGUUUCACAACACCGUAAUUCAGGUCAUAAUUGACAUAUCUGACGGCAAUCAGAAGAACUUUUUUGCCUUGUCGCAAAUAAGCGAAUGGUCGGCCGAGCUACGAACUACCACUUCACUGAGAGGCAGACACGGAAACUACACAUUAAUUAUAAGAGCGCAAGACUUGGGGACACCAAGUCACUUAAUUGAAGAACCUCUCCAUAUCUGUGUAACUGACUUUAAUGACCAUCCUCCCACGUUUGUGACUCCUCCGCACAACUCAACUCUGCGAGUGCCAGAAAAUGCAACGAUUGGAAGCGCCCUAGUUAAAAUUAUAGCCACGGACGAAGACGUCGGCUCGAACGGAAUUGUGCGGUAUCGGCUCAAAGCUGAUCCAGCAGGACACUGGAAAAGCUUCAAUUUGCAACCGGUCUCAGGAAUACUAGAACUGCGGCUACCUUUAGACCGAAAAAAACAGAAAGUGUACGAUAUUAGAAUCGAAGCUUACGACUUGGGAGUGCCGUCUCUCAGCUCUGAUCUGGAUCUGACAGUUUACGUAAGCAACAUCAACGACUACCAACCCCAGUUCAUGGGUGAUGAAUUCACAGUCAAUUUCACUGAAAACAAACCAUCCGAAGUGGAAAGACAAAAACUUCCCCAAACCGUCGAUCGAGAUGAGCUCGAAUUCGACGGGCCGUUCGCACCAAUUUGUUAUUUUAUAGUCGGUGGAAACGAAAAUGGAUUGUUUAAACUACACCCCGUUGAACACAUUUUAACUGUGAGUAGGCCUUUAGAUCGAGAAGAAAAAGACACACAUUUAUUGCUCGUCAAAGCAACAGAAGAUUGCACAAAACCGCCACGCAACGAAAGCUUCUUCGAUUCCUCCGAUGAUACGCAACUCAAAGUCAUAGUAAAAGUGUUGGAUGUCAAUGAUAAUGCCCCACAGUUCAUCCACAGGGUUUUCACCGGUGGAGUCAGUACGGCAACGAGCUUUGGAACAACCUUUAUGGAAGUCAAGGCGGAAGAUGCCGACUUGGACGACAACGCCCGAAUGUCCUAUUUCCUGAUCGGAAAAGUGCAAAUGACCCUGACUGAAGGUUUAGAAGAUUUGAAAAGAGACCCUUUUUUGGUGGAUCGGGACACAGGAGCUGUCCAAUUGAAUUUCGAUCCUCAGGAAGGAAUGAAGGGUUAUUUCGACUUCAUGGUCCUAGUGAACGACACUGGAGGCCUCCAGGACAUGGCUCGGGUUUUCAUUUAUUUGCUUAGGGCCGACCAAAGAGUCCGAUUUGUCUUAAGACAGCAACCUCCCGAAUUGCGAAAUAAAAUUGAGGCGUUUCGAGAAAUUUUGGGUAACGUGACCGGAGCUAUUGUGAACGUUGACGAAUUUCGAGUUCACGCAAAUCAUGAUGGUAGCGUUGACAAAACCCGAACCGAUCUGUACCUACACUUGGUUGAUAGACGCGAUAAUUCCAUAAUCGAAGUUGACGAAGUCUUGCGCUUAGUUGACCAAAAUACCGAAAAACUCGAUGAAUUAUUUAAAGAGUUUAACGUGUUGGACACCCAACCGGGAGGACCGCUUGCCUUGAAAGCGGCGAAAUCAGCCAAUACGACGUUCUGGUUAACUGCUGCAACUUUAUUCCUACUGCUCCUCCUCUUGUUGUGCCUAGCUCUUUGCAUAAACCAACGACAAACCUACCACCGGAAAUUAAAAGCGGCCACAGCAACCGCAUAUGUAACUACAGAUUCCGACAUAGACGGUCGGGGUUUAAGCGCUUUGAGUGGAAGAGUACCAAACACAAAUAAGCACAGCAUGGAGGGAAGCAACCCCAUUUGGAUGCAAGCUUAUGAGAACGAAUGGUACAAAAAUGCGGACGAAUUUAGUCAAAAUUCGGAACACGAUUCUCUUGAUGAAAACGUGGUGAGCUGCGGGGAUCUCCCACAGUGCAACAAUUUGCAGCAUACCAAUGGUCACAUUCGUGCCCAAAAUGUGUACCAAACGUUACCACCAGCAUUGCCAAGAAGAAAACUCGAAACAACGGAACUAUAAUCAUUUGUAAAUAAAACAAAUAAUAAAUGACAUCAUUUUCUAUUAAA